AUGGCUUCCAAUUCUAACAGUCCCAACCUCAUUGUUGUCACUGGCUUUGGUCCAUACAGAAAUUAUUUUGUUAACUCAAGUUGGGAAGCAGUAAAGGAGCUAUCAAAACUUAGCCUCGGUGACAAUGUUCAUCUUAAGAUCUUGGAACUUCCAGUGAAAUAUAGCGAAGUGGAAAAGAAGAUCAAAUGGAUUUGGACAGAGUUGUAGCCACAGCUGUCUGGGCAUGUUGGAAUGAUGUCUUCAUCCAAAGCUAUUGCCCUGGAGCAAUGCGGAAGAAACAAAGGCUACAUGGAGAAAGCCCUCAGCGGCGCUCACCCACAAGGAGGCUGCUGUUUGCUGGAAGGACCGGAAAGAAUAGAAUCUGCGGUUAAUAUGAAAAGCGUCUGCAAAAACAUAUCAUGGCCAGGGGUUCAUGUUAUUCAAUCCAGAGAUGCUGGGAGGGUACUCUGUGAGUAUGCCUACUAUAUCUCCCUGUACUGUGGAUCUGGGAAUGCCAUGUUCAUUCAUGUUCCACCACUAAGCAGAAUCAUAACUGCAAGACUACUAGGACAAGCCUUGCAAAUCAUCAUCCAAGAGUCGCUGAGACAGCAAAACCACCUAUGUGACUGAUGAGAAAAGAAAAAUUAUAUCUUUUUAGUACAA